AUGUCUUUAACUGAGCGAUUUUACAACCAUCUUUCUAUCUUUGAUGUAUCUCUUGCCUUGUUAGGGCUAUUUCUUGUCUGUUGCUUGCGUGAGAAGUUAACCAACAAGCACGGACCAAUGCUAUGGCCAGUGUUCGGAAUCACUCCAGAGUUUUUCUUUCAUAUAAAUGAUGUCUACGGAUGGGUCACCAAGUCUUUGAAAAAUGGUCGAGGUACGUUUCUUCACCGCGGAAUCUGGCUCGACGGAUCUUAUGGAGCCGUGACUUGUGUUCCAGCGAAUGUCGAGUACAUGCUCAAGACCAACUUCAAGAACUUCCCUAAAGGUUCCUUCUAUAAACAUCGGUUCAGUGAUCUUCUCGAGGAUGGUAUCUUCAAUACUGAUGAUGCAUCUUGGAAGGAGCAACGACGGAUCAUCCUAACCGAAAUGCAUUCAACCAAGUUCAUGGAGCAUUCGUUUCAGACAAUACACCAUCUGGUAAAGAAGAAGCUGUUGAAAGUGAUGGAGAGUUUCGCUAGGUCACAAAAAGCUUUCGAUCUCCAAGACGUGCUGUUACGCUUGACGUUUGACAUCAUUUGCACCGCGGGUCUAGGUGAUGACCCGGAAACCCUAGCUGCUGAUCUUCCUAAAGUUCCAUUUGCUAAAGCUUUUGAAGAAGCAACAGAGUCUACACUGUUUAGAUUCAUGAUCCCUCCAUUUAUAUGGAGAACAAUGAAGUUCCUCGACAUAGGGUAUGAGAGAAGUCUGAGGAAAGCUAUUGAGGUCGUGCAUGGAUUCGUCAACAAGAUGAUUGUGGAUCGCAUCAGCAAGAUCAAGGAAGAAGAGACGUUAGAUAAUAGAUUCGACGUCCUAACACGGAUUGUUCAGAUAGAGAGUCAAAGAAAAGGUAACGAGAUUGAUCCUUCCACGAUUAGGUUUUUUAGACAAUUUUGCACAAGUUUCAUCUUAGCUGGAAGAGACACAAGUUCUGUUGCGGUUUCAUGGUUCUUCUGGGUGAUACAGAAACACCCACAAGUUGAAAACAAAAUCAUCUCCGAGAUCAAAGAGAUCUUGAGACAGCGAGGAGAUACACCAACAUGCAAAAACGAGAGCCUCUUCACGGUCAGAGAGCUAAACAACAUGGUAUAUCUACAAGCAGCACUUUCAGAGACUCUAAGACUUUACCCUCCAAUCCCAAUGGAGAUGAAACAAGCCGUUGAAGACGAUGUGUUUCCAGAUGGGACGUUCAUAAGAAAAGGUUCACGGAUUUACUUCUCGAUCUAUGCCAUGGGAAGGAUGGAGUCUGUUUGGGGAAAAGACUGUGAAAUGUUCAGACCAGAAAGAUGGAUUAAUCAAGCGGGACAGUUUGUCAAUAUAGAGCAGUUUAAAUUUGUUGUGUUCAAUGCUGGGCCAAGGCUGUGUAUUGGAAAAACAUUUGCUUUCUUGCAAAUGAAGAUGAUAGCUGCUUCAUUAUUGUGGAGGUACUCAAUCAAAGUUGUCCAAGAUCACGUCGUUGUCCCAAGAUUUACAACAAACUUUUACAUGAAGUACGGUCUCAAGGUGAACAUCAAGCCGAGGUCGCUAGAAGAGAAGAAAAUAUAG